UAUAAACGAGAUCUUGGCGGCUCGUGAUUUUUUAGUUUUCACGGUUUUCACGGCUCCGGAAAAAGUGAACAAACUGUUAACAGGGUGACUAACGAAUGCCAAUGCCGUCAAUUUUGUAAGGAUUUUCAAGAUACUUGUAACAGCGCGUUGACAUACGUAAGACGGUGAUAAUUACAGGCUUAAUAAGAAAAAAUGGUCCGUGACAUCCUAUGACAUUUACAAUUCACUGCAAAUCACGGUUUCACUAGUAUAUGCCGUUUCUACUUAGAAAAAGUAUCGAAAAGGAGAUAGGAAAUAGGACAUAAUUCCUUUGAAAGCAAAUAUGCCUGCACCGAAUUCUAUAAGCGUUGCUGUUAUAUGUUCGAGCAACAUGAACAGGAGCAUGGAAGCACAUGCUUUUUUAAGCAAAAAGGGCUUUAACGUUAAAUCCUAUGGAACCGGUGACAAAGUAAAGCUACCAGGAAAUGCUCCAGAUCGACCAAACAUAUAUGACUUUGGAACAUCUUAUGAUGAAAUCUAUACCGAUUUAUUAACAAAGGAUAAACAAUAUUAUACACAAAAUGGAUUGCUUCAUAUGCUGGAUCGGAAUCGUCGGAUAAAGCCAAGGCCUGAACGCUUUCAACUUGCAAAAGAGAAGUUUGAUAUUCUCAUCACUUGCGAGGAGCGUGUUUAUGAUCAAGUCAUUGAAUGUAUGGAAUCGAGAACUCCGGAAGAUAAUCAACCAGCUCAUUUAAUUAAUAUUGACAUUCAAGACAACCACGAGGAAGCAACAGUUGGCUCAUUUCUCAUCUGCGAAUUAGUGACAGUGUUGGCGAAUAGUGAAGAUCUGGACAACGACAUAGAUGAACUUCUUCAUGAGUUUGAGUCCAAAUUUGUUAGGACAAUAUUACAUACUGUCCUAUUCUAUUGAAAGCUUGAUAUGUGCCUAUAUGAAUUUAUCUAUUUCCCCAUAUGGAAACAAGGAGUAUUCAGAACUAAAUAAUAUAUAUAUAUAUAUAUUCAAAGAAUAGC